AUGGCUUUAGAGACAUGUGGAAGCUGCCUGAGUUGUCUGCUGAUACCGCUUGCACUUUGGAGUAUUGUUGUUAACAUCCUAUUAUACUUCCCAAACGGGAAAGCUUCGCAGGCUGCCAGUUACCAGCUUCCCAACUACGUGUGGUAUUUUGAAGGGAUCUGUUUCUCAGGUGUGAUGAUCCUUCUGUUGGCAGUCAUUCUAAUAACACUGGAGUGUAGCAUGUUCUAUCGGUGCUGCCAGAGUGAGAGCUGUAACAAAACCUACAGGAGUUUUAUUUCAAUUGUGCUAGCCCUGCUUGGAGUUGCUUUCUCUGGAUACAGUUGCAUCAUUUUUACCUUGGGGUUGAUCCAAGGCCCCUUCUGCAAUUCGUCAGGUGGAUGGGAUUAUAUCUUCAAAGACACUGCUGGAGGGUACCUCACAGAUUACCCUGCUUGGUCUCGGUGCACCGAACCGGCUAACAUAGUGGAGUGGAAUACCAUUUUACUCUCUGUUCUGAUAGCUCUUAGUGGACUGCAGUUGAUCAUCUGUGUUCUCAAAGUGGCUGCUGAGUUGAAACGGACACUCUGUGGGACCUAUUCUGUUUUUGUCCAG